AUGGAAAAAAUAUUUUCCUUUAUUAAAAGUUUAGUAACAAUUAACAUAUUGGAACAAUUUGACUACUUAAGAAGAUGGAAUCUUUUAUCAAAAAGGAAAAUAGUACAAGAAACUUUAAUUAACACAAAUGAUGAGGCAAUAAAUAAAACUUUAUCAAAUAAUGUAUUUGAAAAAGAAAUUUUAACUUAUCUUUACGCUCUUUGGAAAUUGCAACAUGAUGUAUGUGGUAUUGAAGAAAUAAAGAUAACCCCUGAAGCAAUAGAAGGGGCCAAAUUUCUAAUGGUAUUAAAAAGUAUUAAUGUUUUUCAAUAUAUGUUUGAGUACCCAAGAAAUAUUAAAUGUAGAGAUUUUUAUAAUCAUUUAUUUGCAAAAAGAAAUCCAAAACAAAUUAUGUUAAAAUUGAAUGAUAUUAAUGAAAAAGUUGACCAAUAUGAUUUGGCACUUUUUUCAGAUACUGUUAAUAUAAAACUUCAACUUUUUGAUUUAUCUUUAAAACAUAUCAAUAAUCAUAAUAUUUGUUCAAUAUAUCCAUCAACUGAUUGCAAGUAUGGAAAUGAAAUAUUUAUGGUAAAAUUAAAGGAAAACGGAUCUGUUUUUCCAUUAUAUCAUCUUCCUGAUGAUAUUUUUUUUAAAUAA